GGGGAAGUCCUGCCCUGCCCUGCCCUGCUGGUCACUGCCGCAACAAGGUUGUGGGUUUUCCCUCGUCCCAGCCCAGGUUGGAGACCCUGCCUUAGCCAGGGGCUCCUGGCAGAUUGCGACCGCAUCUGGGGUGGGUGCCAUUGGGGAACGGGAAGACCUGUCGCCACCAUGAGCCAGCGCGGUGGUGCGCCAGGCUCUGUACGUGCCCAGGAUGAAGGCUGGGUGCCGAUGCCAGCCGGGAACAUGGUCAUGGAGCAUCAGAUGCCCCUGGAGCAGCCUAAAGCCGACGGCCAGAGCUUCCCGCUCCCCCUUCAGCCCCGGGAGAGCAUCCGAGCCCACCGCCUGCCCCCGGUGCCCAUCUGGGCCCUGCCAGCCAGCGACCCCCCUGCUCCGCUGGCCCCGGAGCCCCUGCCCACGCUGGCCCGGGAGCCGCCACUGCCGCAGCUCAAGGACAAGGAGACUCGCAGCGCUGUGAAGAGGGGCCUGUCCCAGAGGAGCAGUGGGCGGCGGGAGCCCUGCUUGCCACCCUACGUGAGGCUGGAGAGGCUACAGAUGCCUGCAGAGGAUGAGGGCAAGGCAGAGCCCGCUCCAGGUCCUGGCGACAGUGCCAAGGCUGCCCAGGAGCCACGCCCAGACUGGCAGGUGGUGCGAGAUGGGAGAGCCCGGCUGCGGGUGCUGGAGACAGCUUCGGCCCCGGCUCUGGCCCCAGCCCCGGAGGUCGCAGCUCCCCGGCGGCAAGGCGCUGUGACCAGCCACAUGCCCAGGGUGCAGGGCACAGCUCUCUGGCUGCCUGGGAGUGCAGCCAGCAAUGCUCCCAGGCCAUCAGGUGCGGCAGAGAUGAGCUUGGCUGGGCGGCAGGUGCCUGGUGGGAUGCGGAGCAGCCCUGGAAAGUUCAGCCAGCGUUUCCUCUGCACCUGGUGCUGUCUCUUGGCCCUCCCAGUCCUGCUGGGUGUGGCCGGCUGGUACUUGUGGGAGCAAGGCAGCUCGGUCUUGGCCCUGGGGCUGGUGGGCCGGUGGCCACUGGUUCAGAGCUGGGGGGUUGAGCCCGAGGUGCCUUGCAGCCAGCAGUGCAGUGCCAUGCUGGUGGAAAGCCUCCCUGAGGGCCUGGACUACCCAUCUGGCAGCCCUCGGCCCCUCGCCGUGCACCAGGCCUGGAUGGACCUACUGGGCCGCGCCAACACUAGUGUGGACAUUGCUGCCUUCUACCUCACCCUGCGGGACUUGGACAUGUCUAAGACGGAGACCUCUGCUUGGCAGGGCAGGGAGGUGUUUGAGAGGCUACAGGACCUGCCAGCCCGCGGGGUGCAGCUGAAUGUGGCUGUGAACAGCCCCCAGGAGUCGAAUGCUGACACCCAGGACCUGGCCAGCAAAGGGGCUAACGUGAGCUCUGUGGAGAUGAAGCGGUUGACGGGCGGGGUGCUGCACUCCAAGUUCUGGGUGGUGGAUGACAAGCACGUCUAUGUCGGGAGCGCCAACAUGGACUGGCGCUCGCUCACGCAGGUGAAGGAGCUGGGCGCUGUACUCUACAACUGCAGUUGUGUGGCCAGUGACCUGGGCCGCAUCUUCGGCACCUACCGGGCACUGGGAGGACCAGGCACCCCCCUGCCUGCGGCCUGGCCCCCGGAGCUGGCUGCCCUCUCCAGCCUCCGCCGGCCCCUGAAAUUGCAGCUCAAUGGUGUCCCCACACAGCUGUUCCUCUCCAGCGCCCCACCGGCCCUGUGCUCUGCUGGCCGCACCCCUGACCUCGAGGCCAUCCUGGAGACCAUCGCAGACGCCCAGGCUUUCAUCCAUGUUGCUGUGAUGGACUUCGUGCCCCAGUGUACCUUCUGCACUCCCAAGAGGUUCUGGCCAGUGCUGGAUGAGGCGCUGCGGGAGGCAGCCUGCGGCCGGGGGGUGCGCGUGCGGCUCCUGGCCAGCUGCUGGCCUCACUCUGACCGUGCCAUGUUCCCCUUCCUGGAGUCGCUGCUCAUCCUCCACCGGGAGCCCCUGGGCUGCCCCAUCGAGGUGAAACUCUUCGUUGUCCCGGCCACGGAGCAGCAGAAGCAAAUCCCCUUCGCCCGUGUCAACCACAACAAGUACAUGGUCACCGACCGCGUGGCCUACAUCGGCACCUCGAACUGGUCGGAGGACUACUUCAUCAACACCGCAGGCGUGGGCCUGGUUGUGAAUCAGAGCGCGGCCGAGCCGGGGACACCCGGGCCCUCCCUGCGGGAGCAGCUGGCCGCCGUGUUCAACCGGGACUGGGAAUCUCCCUAC